AUGGAUAUGCUUAAAACGCUCAUAAAUUUUUGUGUUGUCGUGCAAAACCUGGUAGGGCAUUUGAAGGCAGCUAAUCAGCAAACGCACCUGACGAAUCCUUCUUUACUGCACGAUUUGGUCGAUAAGCUCCCUGCAAAUAUUCGAUUGGACUGGGCGCUUUACAAGCAGCGAAUGGUUGUAACAGAUUUGGAAACGUUUAGCAACUAUAUGUCGGCGAUAAUUUCAGCGGCAAGCGACGUUACGCGUUACAGUGACGUAGAAGUGCCGAGAGCAACUAGGAUUGAAAAGCAGAAAUCGAAAGAGAAGUCGUAUGUCAACAUGCAUAGCGCCGAAGACGACCGUUGGGCUGGGGUAAAAGAAUGCUUUAAAUUCAAGUCUCUGUCCCUGAACGAUCGUUGGAAGGCGAUCAAAGAACACCAAUUAUGCCAUAAGUGCCUAGUGCCACAUGGUAGAUGGCCUUGUCGGACGUCGAAGUCCUGCGAUGUCAGCGGUUGUCGCGCCUACCACCAUUCGCUUCUCCAUCCCGGAUCUCCUGAGUCAACUGAAGUCGCUGUUGUGUCCGUUCAUCGUCAGCCGAAGCAUCCCACCAUAUUUCGGAUCAUACCCGUCAUACUCUAUGGCAAGGUCAAGCAAUUCCAAACGUUCGCUUUUCUAGAUGAAGGCUCGGAUUUGACGCUGAUAGACGAGGAGAUUGUUGACCAGCUGGGCAUCAACGGAGAGAAAAGAGAACUGUGUAUGAAGUGGACUUCGAACGUCACCAGAGAAGAGAAGCAUUCCAGAAGAGUUAAUAUGGAGAUAGCAGGUGCAGAGGGAGGACAACGCUUUCCUUUGCUGAACGUGCGCACCGUCGGUCGUCUUGAUUUGCCUCAUCAAUCGUUGGACUACAAACUGCUAGCGGAAAGGUUUCCUCAUCUGAGAAGACUGCCAAUCAAGAGCUACAAGGAUGCUACACCGAGGUUGUUAAUAGGUCUGAGCAAUUUGCAACUGGCCAUUCCGUUGAAAUGUCGCGAAGGUAGUGGCAACGAACCUGUAGCGACCAAGACAAGGUUAGGGUGGACCGUAUUCGGCCACAUGGCGGAAUCGGAAAGGUUUCAUUCAUUUCACGUAUGUGAGUGCUCAAACGACGAAAAGUUGCACGAUUUAGUCAAGCAGUUCUUUUCUGCGGAGAACUUGGGAAUAACUACAGGGCCGUUACCCGAAGGUGUCGAAGAAGCUCGGGCGAAAGCUAUUCUACGCGAAACAACGAGGAAGCAGCGAGAUGGUCACUACGAAACGGGCCUGCUUUGGCGAUACGACCAGUUUGAGUUCCCACCAAGUUACGCGAUGGCUGCGAGAAGGUUCCACUGUCUGGAACGACGUCUUCGGGCACACCCUGAGCUACGUGACAAUCUGGAUAGGCAAAUUAGCGAGUAUCAGGAGAAGGGUUACGCGCAUAAGGCCACAGAGCAGGAAAUUAAUGGUUCUGAUAGCAAGCGUACUUGGUAUUUGCCAUUAGGUGUGGUUAUUAACCCAAAGAAGCCCGGAAAGGUCCGGAUUGUUUGGGAUGCAGCGGCCAAAGUAAACGGAGUGUCCUUCAACUCGAUGCUUUUGAAGGGUCCGGAUAUGUUGACCUCACUUCCGGCAGUUCUAUUCCGAUUCCGAGAACGAAAGUUCUGCGUCACUGCUGACAUCAAAGAGAUGUAUCAUCAGGUCAAAAUUCGCGCAGCUGAUCGUUCGUCCCAACGGUUCCUGUAUCGAUCUGAUCCGUCUGCAGAGUUGGAGAUUUACAUAAUGGAUGUGGCGACAUUUGGUUCUACUUGUUCGCCAUGCUCGGCACAGCAUGUUAAAAACGUUAACGCUGCCGAAUGGCAAAAGGUGUACCCUGGAGCAACAAGAGCAAUAGUUCAAAACCACUACGUGGAUGAUUAUUUGGACAGCCGAGAUACGGAAGAAGAGCUGAUUAACUUAGCAAACGACGUUCGAACUGUGCACUCCAAAGCUGGGUUUGAUCUGAGAAACUGGCGCUCUAAUUCGAAUGUAGUCUUGCGACGGGUCGGGGAAGGACCGGCCUUGCUGGAGAAAGUGAUUGGAGAGGACAAAACGAAUCAACAAGAGAGGGUUCUGGGAAUGACUUGGCUGCCUGUAGAAGAUGUGUUCACAUUCUCAGUCGUUCUGUCAGACGACUUGCAGCGGAUGGUAUUCGGAGACGGAACAGUGUCCAAGCGAGGCAUUCUGCGGCUGCUGAUGAGCUUAUUCGAUCCCCAUGGAUUGAUCUCCAACUUUCUCCUUCAUGAAAAAAUUGUAAUCCAAGACCUAUGGCGUAGCGGAGUGAGUUGGGAUGAAGCAAUUCAUUACAACGUAGACGACCUUCAAACUCUCGAGCUGCACGUUUUUGUCGACGCGAGUGAGUUGGCCUAUGCUUGUGUGGCUUACUUUCGCAUCAUGGAGCAGGGUAUACCUCGGUGCGCUUUCGUGUCUUCGAAAGCCAAGGUAGCGCCACUUAAAUCGCUAUCGAUUCCACGCAUGGAGCUGCAAGCAGGUGUAAUCGGAUGUCGGCUAGCGAAAACCAUUAAAGAGAACCACACUCUUCCGAUCAAGCGUACCGUCUACCAUAGCGAUGCUAGUACGUUACUGUCGUGGAUUAGGUCAGACACACGGAAGUAUCGGCAAUACGUAGCAGUCAGGAUAGGAGAAAUCCUUGAAAGUACCAAUAUCUCCGAAUGGCGGUGGGUUCCCACGAAACUAAAUGUGGCAGACGAAGCAACGAAAUGGACAAAAGAGCCUGCCGUUGAGCCUGACAGUCGAUGGUUUGAAGGACCAGAGUUCUUGUAUCUGCCGGAAAAAUUAUGGCCUCAGCAAGUUGCCCAACCAAAAGAAACGACUGAGGAGCUGCGUCCGGUUCACAUGCACCAGGAGAUAGUACGACCUUCUAUUAUCGAAGUCUCUAGGUUUUCAAAAUGGGAACGCAUGUUAAGAAGUAUGGCUUACGUUUUCCAUUUCAUUGAUAGCUGCCGUACCAGAAGAGAUGACAGAAGAAGCAUACUGAGUCAAGAAGAUUACAAGCGUGCUGAAAAUGCCCUUUGGCGAUUAACACAAUCUGACGAAUAUGGAGAUGAAAUAGUGGAGUUGACUAGAAACUCGAAGGAUACAGCCAGGCGGCAGAUUAAGUCAGGCGUUUUACGCAUGCUCUCACCCUUCUUGGAUGAAUUCGGAGUGAUAAGGAUGGAAGGUCGCAUUGAAGCAUCGCCCUUCGCCUCCUAUGAGGCAAAGUACCCAAUUAUCCUUCCGAAAGGACAUUACGUUACUAAACUUCUAGUUGAUUGGUACCACAGGCGUCUAGGACACGGGUUUGGUGAAACAGUGGUGAACGAGAUGAGGCAGAAAUUCUAUGUAUCAAGCUUGCGUGUGCUGGUGCGUGGCGUAACAAGGCGUUGUGCAUUUUGCAUAAUUCAAAGAGCCAAACCGAAGACUCCAAGAAUGGCUCCUCUUCCUGCGGCACGAGUAACUCCGUAUGAACGAUCAUUCUCCCGAGUAGGCAUCGAUUAUUUUGGGCCAUUCGCCAUCAAGGUUCAACGAAGCAACGUAAAAGGUGGGUAG